UUGAGAACCACUGUUCUAAUAUUUCAGAGAUGAAAACUGGGAUUAUUUUGUCCAACAGCUGAGUGUGGUCAAGAUGACAAAAACUAGGAGAGGCUGCAGCAAUUUGCUUUUGCCUGAACCUACUGGGAAGGGUACGAUUUUACCUCUUCUUCCACCCACCCCCUUAAAUUUUGCACUUUGAACUCAACGUACAUCUAAACUGUAAAAUUAAUCCAGUCAAUGUUAUGAAAUUCUGUGGUUUGUGGUUUACAAAGGCAGCAGCACCUUUGGGCAGAAAAGACUAAAGACCUUUUAAAACUGCAGCUCUCAUGAUUCCAUAGAACUGAGCCAUGGCAAUUAAAGUGGUAUCAAACUGCAUUGAUUCUACAGUGUAAAUGUACCCUCAGUUUGCAGCAACUGAAGCAAGCUGUGGAUGAAGGAGAAGGUAGAUAGAUGAGGCAGAAACUGGGACAUCUAAAAAUGCUGAAAAUACGGAAUGACAGAGAAUUAAUCAGGCUGAUCCUACCAAAACGAGACAGGUGGAAGGUAUGCUUCUCCAUUCACCACUCUAUCAGGUAGGAUGAAAUUGUACCAAGACUAUAAAGACUGUUUCCCCAUCUACACUGCCAUAUAAUGCAAUUUGAAACUGCAUUAUAUGGUUAAUGUAGACUAAUAGCUGCAUUGAACUGCAUUAUAUGCAGACUCAAACCUGUAUUAUAUGAACUGCAUUGGACUACAUUAUGUGAGUCUGCUCUGCCAUAUAAUCCAUUUCAAAGAGGAUAACCUGGAUUUUAUAAGGCAGUGUAGAAGGGGCUGAAGUCUACACUGACCCCAUAAUGUCAUUUCAAACUACAGUUUUACACUGUAAAAACUGAAACCCCUGAAACCUGCAGAGGACUUUUGAGGCCCUUAUUCUCAGUGGGAAAACUAGGCCAAGUUUCCAACAACCUCAUUUUCUAGCAAUAAAAACCUCUAGUGCUUUUGUUGAGAAAUGAUACCAGCCUUGAGAGCUUUCCCAAAUUAAUCUUAACAUAUUUGCAUUGGGUGAAGCUUUGAUGAAUGAGUCGAUAGCACGGUCUAAUCCUUUCAGCAGUUUUUUUUUUAAUACUGGCAAUGUAUCAUAGAUCUGCCUGGGUUCCCCUUGGCAGAAUUAAGCAUGUAGUAGGAGUGAGCAGCUGAUAUUUCUUUUAUAUAAAUAGAACCAGCAGAUCAGCAUUACUUAGUGUUAAAAUUACCUUCAAGUUUGCUGGCUAGAGGAAUUAGAACACCCCUUUACGUAGACUAUAAACAUACACCUUUUGCGGCUGAAAACAAGCGUGAUAUACCCCUCGCAAGAAAAAAAAAAGACAUGGGAGAAACUGUGACCCGGGCUGGAGCUGCCAAGUUGUUGAAGAAAGCCUUCUUGGAGGCCCUGCAAUCAAAUGACUACAAAACUUUGGAGGAGCUUUUGACUGAAAAACAAAUAGAUGUGGACACAGUGUUUGAAGUGGAAGAUGAAAACCUGCUCUUGGCCUCCUACAAACAAGGGUAUUGGCUGCCCAGUUAUAAAAUGCAGCAUUCGUGGGCAACUGGACUCCAUUUAUCUGUCCUGUAUGGGCAUCUGGAAAGCUUGAGGGUCCUGUUGAAGCACAAGGCAACCAUCAACUGUAGACCAAAUGGGAAAGCGCCAAUCCAUAUCGCUUGUGAAGUCACCAAUCUGGAUUGUGUCAAGAUACUUUGCAGUCACGGAGCAAAAACAAAUUGCUACUCAUUGAGUGGACUUGCUCCAUUGCAUUAUUGUACAACGAAGCUGUCCAUGCCUUGUGCACAGCAGUUAAUCUGGAAAGGUGCUGAUGUGAACAUCAGAACAAACAACCAAGAUGAAGAGACUCCUCUCCACACAGUUGCUCGUUGUGGCAUCCCAGAAAUGGUGGCCUUUUAUGUGGAGCAUGGGGCUUUGGUUGACUGUGUCAAUGCCCACCGAGAAACUCCCCUGGCUGUUGCCGCAUACUGGGCCCUAAAUGGCCGGGAACAGACUUAUAGCACGGAUCACCACCUGAUCUGUAGGAUGUUGCUUGACUAUAAUGCUGAUGUCAAUUCACGGGAUGAGGAUUUCCGGACUCCCAUCCACAAAGCCGCCUGGAACUGUGACCAUGUAUUAUUGGAUAUGUUGCUUGAGGCGGGCGCCGAAGCCAACCUCAUGGACGACAAUGGAUGUGGUCCCUUGCAGUACGUCCUGAAAGUGACCGGGGUGCGGCCAAGCGCACAGCCUCAUCUUUGCUUCCAGCUGCUCCUAAAUCAUGGAGCUGCCAGGAUAUAUCCUCCGCAGUUCCAUAAGGUUUUGCAAGCUUGCUGUGCUUACCCAAGAGCAGUUGAGGUGAUUGUGAAUUCAUAUGAGCACAUCAAGGCCACAACAAAAUGGAGAGCAGCUAUACCUGAGGAUGUCUUUCAGAUGCACAAGGAUUUCUAUGAAUCCCUUUUUGAAGCAUGUGCAAACACCCCACGGUCACUCAAGCAUUUAGCCAGGUGUGCUAUUCGAAUGAGAUUCUUCUGCAGAUACCGCAAAGUGAGCCCUCUUUUUUUCAUUCCAGUGACUCUAAAUAACUAUUUGCUUUUACAACCAGAAGGAAUAAUAUACUAAACUUCAUUGGAGAUAUUUGCCAGCUACCUAAGUUUAUAAAACUGGAAUGUAUUUACAUGCAAGAAGGAACAACCAAGUUUUCAAAAACAACUUCACCUGAAAUUUGAUCUCAUGGGCUACAUGUUAAACCAAGGGCCCACUUGGGUCAUAUAAAGGGCCUGGAUCUACUACACACUAAAUGUAGAACUAUUUCAUAAUAUACUAGCUGUGCCCGGCCACGCGUUGCUGUGGCGAAGUAUGGUGGUAUGGGAAAUAAAGUAUUGAGGAAUUGGUGGUAGUUAAGGUAAAGGGUAAAAGUUUUCUCCUGACAUUAAGUCCAUUAUAAAUGAGUUAUAUAACUGUGUGGAAGGGCCUUGAGUCUACACUGCCAUAUAAUCCAGUUAAAAUCAGAUAAUCUGUAUUUUAUAGGCAGUGUGGAAGAGGCCUAAGUGAGGCCUAACUCUGCCUGUCCCCGGGGCUGAGUGGGUUGCUAGGAGACCAAGUGGGCGGAGCUUAGCCUUCUAACUGGCAGCAAUUGGAUAAAAACAAUUAUUCCUCUCCCUCUAAUUAGGACUUUAUUUUUCUUUUCUUUUUGUUGCAUGAACGUAGAGGCAUGGAUGAGGGGUUGUGCUGCCAAGUUUCUGGGAUAUGUAGUUUUGUUGUUUUUUCCUAGGCCGAAAUUUCAUUACCCUUUUAUAUAUAUAGAUUAUGAUUUGAACCAAGACAUGGAACUAGGGAAAAGGCUUAGGUCAACCCUUUCACCUGCUUUCAAAAGCAUUUUGUUACUAAAUUACAUAUAUCCAUUCUUGUAAAGUCAAGGUUUCUUUAACAAUUGAUCCCACAAAAGAAAUAUAAUGAAAUACUAAUUUAUUAAAGCCCAUUGUGUUCUUUGAAUAACCUUUGGAAUGUAAUAUGCUAGUAAUAUACUUGGCCUUUGAGUGUGGAUCUCUGUGUAGCUCAAAACUUAUCACUCAUCCAGACAAGGAAAGUCAACAUGUUUGGAAAAAACCCAAAAUGUGUAUAGUUGACCAUCCACAAAGUUAUUUUAUUACAGUGGUUCCAAACCUAUGGGCCCCCUGGUAUUUUAGCCUUCAAUUCCCAGAAAUCCUAAAAGCUGGCAAACAGCUGGAGUUGGAGUAGGCCAAAACACCUGGGGACCCACAGGUUGAGAACCAUUGUUUUAUUAGAAUGUAAUUGCCAGCUUAUCUUGUGUGAGCUGAAGGAGAAAGUUACAAAUUAAAAAUAAUUGUUUGUAGUUCUGCUUUGCUAAGGGAUGUAUGGAUUAGAUGAGUGACUAUAGCGAGUAAAUAGGCUUGCUGAUUCAGCAUCAUCUUAGACAUUAUGUCUUAAGUUGCUCGCAGCUUAUCAUUCAAAUACAAAAACACCCUAUUCUCCUGUUUGGAAACUAAGAUUCAGCUGAAGGGGUUCCCAAUUCAAGAUGAAAUGAAAUGAUUAUUCCUUCUCACUUAGGAAAUGGGAUGGGAAACAUUUGAUCUAGCCAGAAGGUGAAUAGAGGACAGUGGAAGGUGAACCCUGAUGCCACAAUGCCUGGAAGGGAAUGAGGAAGCUAAUUUAGGACUUCAUCAGAUGAGUUGCGGAAAGCAGAGGGAGGAUUGUUGACUUAUCAUAUUAUCCCAUUGCAUUUUAUAAGACAAUGCUUUGCUUCACAAUUUUCAUCAGACCCUUUAUGUUUUGGACCCUUUCUCCUGUUCUUUUCUGUGGUCUGAAUCAUCACAUAAGCAAAUACAGUCCCCACCCACUUCGCAUUCUUUUUUGAAAAAAUCAGGGAAAACUUUAAAACUGUAGAUGUCCGAGACAUUGUACUACUGAAAAAAUGGGAUUUCCAAAGAUUCCUGCUGAUGAGAAAAUAUAGUGAUAGCAAAAUGAUACUAUCUUAUAAUUGUGCAUUUUUGUAGAACAUUAAAUACAUUAAAAAAUACCAUUCCGGGCUCAUGCAGAAGCAAUUGUGAAAAGAAGUGGUGUGUGAGUGCUCAGUAGGAGACCUCCCAUAGGAACACCCAUUCCUCCAUGAAUCUGAAACGAGAUGAGACAGGUGAAUCUAACAGAUUGGACCCCACAUGUUAGGAAGCACUUUCUCCCUUUUCCAAGCGCAUCAAUAUCUCAGAAGACAAUUUCACCCCAAUUCCUGCCCCCCCCCCCAAUUUCUCCAUACUUCUAAUACAGUUCAUUGACAAAACACCAUAGAUGACAGCUGGAAGUCAGUUUGCAUUAUGUGAAGGGCUAUGUGGAUUUUUUUAAAUAAAAAGUUUUAGAAGUGUGUAGAAACAGAGGAGGGAGAUACAUGUGAUGAAGUCCUAAGUAAAUGUAUAUGUUCACCUAAAGUCUUUGCAAGUUACAGCAAUAAAUUAGUUAAGCUUUGCAAGUGCAGCAAGCUAUUAUUCUAGUUGAGCUAGAAUGAACAUAGUCCUUUGUUUUUUGUCUGGAGAUGAUCUCACCAAAAUUGGUGGAAUUGUUCCUUGAUCUCCCAGAAAGAGAUGACCUACAAAGUCAGAGCCAGGUCUGAUAACAUUUCUAUUUGUAUAUUCACAUUAUGAAAUGCUAGGGCAUCUCAUUACUCUCAAAGAUGCAAUAUAUAAGGCGGAUUGUUUCACUAUCUGGUUACUGAGCUUGCCAAGAAAACAGCACAUUGUUACUUCAGUGAAUCCAUAAUGGCCAAAGCAGUCCUAAAGGAAGAAAUUUCAGGAAAGUUGUCCACUGACAAGAUGAAACUUACGGUAAGUGGAAAAUAUAGAGGAUAUUUUACAUGCAAAUGUUUGCUUUUAUUCUUUAAUGGUGACAAAGAAUGCACUGGAAAGGGGGAGGUCUUGAAAAGAACAAUAAAGCUUUUCGGAUCUGUCACUGUAGCAAAGGUUUCCAUGCUGAGAAAAAAAACAACAUGUCACUGCUAUUCAACACCCUCCCAUUUUUUGAGCCACACUCCUUUUUAAAAAGAAAAUCUAUGGGCAUCUAGCCUCCCAUGAAAGUUUUGUUUUAAACAGGUGCUAGAUUAUAUCCAUUGUAGUAUCUGACAGGGAGCCCAGCGGGUUCACACUGAUUAUAGUGGUAAGAAUUGGCAAGCUGUUCAAGACACUGAAGAACAUCAAUAUCUGAGUAAAACUGGCUUGAGCCUUCUUUUACUGCAGUUCCGGGUUUGGUUUGAAAGGCCAAUUGGAAAUAUACGCCCCAGGUCUGCUGUAGUUCGACCUGCUCCAGAUUAUUUUCCUUGUGUUCUCUUGAGUUGCCAGUUCACCCAAUUUGACAAGAGCUUGGAUAUAUCAAAAUGUCAAUGAGGAGAUAUGACAAUUUCCUUAAGUAUUUCCAAACUAUAGACUUCUCUUGUGCAAAAAUACCUAUAGGAGCAUUUGCAGCCGCUUGCAUUUUUCACUUAAUGGUUGUAAUUUUUUGUCAUAGCAGUAAAACUUAACUGCUUCUAUAAAACCUACAGAACUACCUAAGGUCAAGUUUUCAAUAUUGCGCGAACACCUUAGCCUGAAGAAAAACCCUAUUCAGUUUGAAAGCUUGCAGAAAUGUUUGAACAAAUUAAAUGGUUUCAAUGAAAUGUA